AUGAUCCGUGCGCAUCAUUGGUAUCAUUUGGCGAUGACAUACGACGGUGAAACCAUUAAUUUCUACCUCAACAAUCACCUUGUGUUAAGCGACUCCCAGUGUUGUCAUGGUGACAUCGUCAGCACAAAUACCGACGUUGUGAUUGGUCGAAAUUACAAUGAAGUACUUUUCGAUGGAUAUAUUGACGAAAUGAAAUUGUUUAAAAAAGCGCUCACUGCUCAAGAGAUUACGAAGUUGUACCAGCUAAAAGUUGUUUAA